AUGGCGCCUCUACCUAUCAAGUUCCAGGAGCUGAUCCAGCUCCAAACUGCCGGUGUUGAAGAUGCUUCGAUCGGCUUCAACUCCUGCACACUGGAGUCAGAUUCGUUUGUGUGCAUCCGGGAAAAGAAGAACGAGGCUGCCCAACCCGAAGUCGUCAUCGUCGACCUGAAGAACGGCAAUAAUGUUACACGACGCCCUAUCAAGGCCGACAGCGCCAUUAUGCACUGGUCCAAGCAAGUCAUCGCCCUCAAGGCGCAAUCGAGAACACUCCAGAUCUUCGACCUUGAGAAGAAGGCAAAACUCAAGUCUACAACCAUGAACGAGGAUGUCCAGUACUGGAAGUGGAUCAGCGAGACCUCGUUGGGCCUGGUUACAGAUUCAGCCGUUUACCAUUGGGACGUCUACGACGCCACCCAGGCUGCGCCUGUCGAGGUUUUCAAGCGUAAUGCCAACCUUAAUGGCUGCCAAAUUAUUAACUACCGAACCAACGCCGAAGGCAAGUGGAUGGUUGUCGUCGGUAUUUCCCAACAACAGGGCCGCGUCGUCGGUUCCAUGCAGCUGUACUCCAAGGACCGCGGUAUCAGCCAAGCUAUUGAGGGUCAUGCUGCCGCCUUCGGCACCCUGCGCCUGGAGGGUGCUCCCGCAGAUACCAAGCUCUUCACUUUCGCUGUGAGGACAGCAACUGGCGCGAAGCUGCACAUCGUCGAGGUCGACCACGCCGAAUCGAACCCCGUUUUCCAGAAAAAGGCGGUCGACAUUUUCUUCCCUCCGGAAGCCGUUAGCGAUUUCCCGGUAGCUAUGCAGGUGUCCCAAAAGUAUGGUGUCAUCUUCAUGGUUACCAAGUAUGGAUUCAUCCACGUUUAUGACCUCGAGACUGCUGCCUGUAUCUUUAUGAACCGCAUCUCCAGUGACACCAUUUUUACGACCUGCCCUGACGAUGAAUCUCGCGGCAUCGUCGGUAUCAACCGCAAGGGUCAGGUGCUCUUCGUCUCGAUCGACGACGCCAAUGUCAUCCCCUAUCUUCUGCAAAACCCGGCCAACACCGACAUGGCUAUCAAGAUGGCAUCACGAGCUGGCCUCCCUGGUGCUGAUAAUCUGUACGCCCGCCAGUUCGAGCAGCUAUUCAACAGCGGUCAGUUCAUGGAAGCGGCCAAGGUUGCAGCCAACUCUCCUCGCCAGUUCCUCAGGACCGCCGAGACGAUCGAGAAGUUCAAGGCUCUUCCCCAACAACCUGGCCAGAUGUCGUAUGUCUUGCAAUACUUUGGUCUCUUGCUUGACAAGGGCGCGCUCAACGAGCACGAGUCUAUUGAACUGGCUCAGCCUGUCCUUGCCCAGAACCGUCUUAACCUGCUGGAGAAGUGGCAGAAGGAGGGCAAGCUCACUGCAUCUGAGAGACUCGGUGAUCUCGUUCGCCCCCACGACCUGAACAUGGCCCUUACCAUGUAUCUCAAGGCCAACGUUCCCCACAAGGUUGUUGCUGGCUUUGCGGAGACGGGUCAGUUCGAGAAGAUCCUGCCUUACGCCGCCCAGGUUGGCUACCAGCCCGAUUAUGUGCAGCUUCUUCAGCACAUUGUCCGUGUUAACCCUGAGAAGGGAGCGGAGUUCGCCACAGCCCUCGCAAACCACGAGGGUGGCUCUCUGGUUGAUAUCGAGAGAGUGGUCGACAUCUUCCAAUCCCAGGGCAUGAUUCAGCAAGCAACUGCAUUCUUGCUGGAUGCUCUCAAGGACAACCGACCUGACCAGGGCCACCUUCAGACUCGUCUCUUGGAGAUGAACCUGAUGAACGCCCCGCAAGUUGCCGAUGCCAUCCUCGGAAACGAUAUGUUCUCGCACUUCGACAAGACGAGGAUCGCGACUCUUUGCGAACAGGCUGGCUUGGCUCAGAAGGCUUUGGAGCUUUACGAGGACCCCGCAGCCGUCAAGCGUGUUGUUGUCAACAUUGCGGCCACUCCCAACUUCAACCUGGACUGGUUGACCGGUUUCUUCGGCAAGCUGUCUGUUGAGCAGUCCCUGGACUGCUUGGACGCCAUGAUGAAGCACAACAUCCGCCAGAACUUGCAGUCUGUUGUUCAAGUUGCCACCAAGUACUCUGAUCUUCUCGGUCCUGUUCAGCUGAUUGACCUGUUCGAAAAGUACAAGACUGCUGAGGGUCUUUUCUACUACCUCGGCAGUAUUGUCAACCUGUCCGAGGACCCCGAUGUCCACUUCAAGUACAUUGAGGCCGCCACGAAGAUGGGCCAGUUCAACGAGGUUGAGCGCAUUUGCAGAGACAGCAACUACUACAACGCCGAGAAGGUCAAGAACUUCCUGAAGGAGGCCAAGCUCCAGGAGCAGCUUCCUCUUAUUAUUGUUUGCGACCGCUUCAACUUCGUCCACGACUUGGUUCUCUACCUCUACCAGCAACAGCAAUUCAAGUCUAUUGAGACAUACGUCCAGCGCGUCAACCCUAGCCGGACGCCCGCCGUCAUUGGCGGCCUCUUGGACGUCGACUGCGACGAGAGCAUUAUCAAGAACCUCCUGUCGACCGUCAACCCCGCCUCGAUUCCCAUUGAUGAGCUUGUGUCUGAGGUUGAGACGCGCAACCGCCUCAAGCUCCUCUUGCCCUUCCUCGAGGCGACCUUGGCCGCCGGUAACCAGCAACAGGCUGUUUACAACGCUCUUGCCAAGAUUUACAUCGACUCCAACAACAACCCCGAAAAGUUCCUCAAGGAGAACGAUCAAUACGACACUUUGGUCGUCGGUAAGUACUGCGAGAAGCGCGACCCCAACCUGGCCUUCAUUGCCUACUCCAAGGGUCAGAACGACCUUGAGCUUGUCAACAUCACAAACGAGAAUGGCAUGUACCGCAACCAGGCCCGCUACCUGCUCGAGCGGGCUGACCGCGAGCUCUGGACCUUUGUGCUUAGCGAGAACAACAUUCACCGCCGCUCUGUCAUCGACCAGGUGAACGCUACUGCUGUCCCUGAGUCUACCGACCCUUCCAAGGUCUCUGAAGCUGUUGCUGCCUUCUUGGCUUGCGACCUUCCUCUGGAGCUCAUUGAGCUGCUUGAGAAGAUUGUGCUCGAGCCUUCGCCGUUUAGCGACAACGCCAACCUCCAGAACCUCCUGCUCUUUACCGCUGCCAAGGCCGACAAGGGUAAGGUUAUGGACUACAUUCAGCGUCUGGACAACUUCAGCGCUCCCGAUAUUGCUUCCGCCUGUAUCGACGUCGGUCUCCACGAGGAGGCUUUCGAGAUUUUUAAGAAGACUGGCGACAAGUCCGCCGCCGUCAACGUUCUAGUUGAGAACGUCGUCAGCAUUGACCGUGCCCAGGCUUACGCUGAGGAGGUUGAUCUUCCCGAGGUCUGGAGCAAGGUCGCCAAGGCACAGCUCGACGGUCUCCGCGUCAGCGACUCUAUUGAGUCCUACAUCAAGGCCGAGGACCCCAAGAACUACGAGGAAGUUAUCGAGACUGCUGUUCACGCCGGCAAGAAUGAGGAUCUCGUCAAGUACUUGCGCAUGGCAAGAAAGACGCUGCGUGAGCCGGCUAUCGACACCGCUCUAGCCUUCUGCUAUGCCCGUAUGGACGAGCUUGGCGAGCUGGAGGACUUCCUUCGUGGCACUAACGUUGCCAACAUUGAGGAGUCUGGAGACAAGGCUUAUGAGGAGGGUCUCUACCAGGCUUCCAAGAUCUUCUACACCAGCAUCUCCAACUGGGCCAAGCUGGCUACUACUCUUGUCCACCUCGAGGAGUACCAGGCUGCUGUUGAGUGCGCCCGUAAGGCCAACAACAUCAAGGUCUGGAAGCAGGUGCACGAGGCCUGUGUUGAGAAGAAGGAGUUCCGCCUUGCCCAGAUCUGCGGUCUUAACCUUAUUGUUGAUGCCGAGCAGCUUCAAACUCUUGUCAAGCAGUACGAGCGCAACGGAUACUUUGAUGAGCUCAUCAGCCUUUUGGAACAGGGCUUGGGUCUGGAGCGUGCCCACAUGGGUAUGUUCACUGAGCUCGGUAUCGCGCUCUCCAAGUAUCAUCCCGAGCGUUUGAUGGAGCAUCUGAAGCUUUUCUGGAGCAGAAUGAACCUGCCCAAGAUCAUCCGUGCUUGCGAGGAGGCAAACCUCUGGCCCGAACUGGUCUUCUGCUACUACCACUACGAUGAGUUUGACAAUGCUGCUCUGGCUGUCAUUGAGCGCCCCGAGAACUCGUGGGAGCACCAGCAGUUCAAGGAGAUCGUUGUCAAGGUGGCCAAUUUGGAGAUCUACUACCGCGCCAUCAACUUCUACCUCGAGCAGCACCCCUCUCUGCUUACUGAUCUCCUUCAGGCGCUUACACCUCGCAUUGAUGUCAACCGUGUUGUCAAGAUGUUCGAGAAGAGCGACAACCUGCCGCUCAUCAAGCCUUUCCUCAUCAACGUCCAGUCACAGAACAAGCGUACUGUCAACAACGCCAUCAACGACCUCUUGAUCGAAGAGGAAGACUACAAGACUCUGCGGGACUCUGUUGAGAACUACGACAACUACGACCCCGUUGAGCUUGCUGCUCGCCUGGAGAAGCACGAUUUGAUUUUCUUCCGCCAGAUUGCUGCUAGCAUCUACCGCAAGAACAAGCGGUGGGAGAAGUCCAUUGCCCUCUCCAAGCAAGACAAGCUCUUCAAGGAUGCCAUCGAAACCGCCGCCAUCUCAGCCAAGACCGAUGUUGUGGAGGACCUGCUCCGAUACUUCGUCGAUAUUGGCAGCCGCGAGUGCUACGUCGGUAUGCUCUACUCCUGCUACGAUCUCAUUCGCCCCGAUCUGGUGUUGGAGAUCUCUUGGCGCCACGGCCUCAACGACUUUACCAUGCCCUACAUGAUCAACAUGUUGUGCCAGCAAACUAAGGAGUUGGCGACCCUCAAGGCCGACAACGAGGCCCGCAAGAGCAAGGAGAAGGAGAAGGAGAAGGACGAGGACAACACUCCUAUUCUUGGUGGCAACCGUCUCAUGAUCACCGCCGGUCCCGGCGGCAUGGGCGGUGGCUCUCCUGCGCCAUAUGGUCAGACAAACGGAUUCGCACCUCAGCCCACUGGCUUUGGAUUCUAG